UAUACCUUUGAGAUACAUCUAUGGAAUCUUCAGGUUACAGAGAUUUCUUAUGGGCAAUUGACUUAAACCGUCGGAGCUUAGAAUUGAUCGGCUUAUGGCCUAAUAUGGAUGGAGUUGUUAAAAGAAGAUUUGGUCCUGACAUUCGUGCAAGUUUUGCUUUCAUUAUGAUCGUAUUUAUUCUUGGUAUUCCUCUUGUACAUGCAUUUAUGCGAGUUUGGGGUGACAUGAUACUAAUGAUAGACAAUUUACGACUUACAUUACCUAUAUUUUCGAUUUUAUUAAAAUUUGUUAUUAUGCGACAAAAGCAAUCAGUACUAUUAUCCGUUAUAAACAUGAUGAAAGAAGAUUGGAUGACGUUAACACAAGUCGCAGAAAGAGAUGUAAUGAUGAAGCGUGUACGGAUCUCUCGUUUGAUUAUAAUUUGUUCAUACGUUCUGAUGGUAUUUACGUUAAUUAUGAUAACUAUUUUUCCUUAUUUUGGUCUAUCGUUCAGACAUCUAACAAAUCUUACGGAUCGGAACAAACCAUUAAUUCUGCAGACAUAUUAUUGUUACGACACAGAUAAAAGUCCACAGUUUGAGUUGACAUAUUUUACUCAAGUUGUAGGACUGUUUAUGGCUGUCGUAAUGUAUGCAUCGAUAGAUAGUUUUCUUGGAUUAGUAAUUUUUCAUGUUUGCGGUCAAUUAGAGAACUUCAGAGGCCGAUUAGUCAAUUUGGAUGCAGAUAACGAGUUCAAAAAAGCUUUGAGUUAUAACGUAGAAACGCAUGUGCGACUUAUCAGAUAUGUUGACAUAGUCGAAGAUAUAUUCAAUUUAAUGAUGCUCACAUCGAUGGUACAUUUUAGCUUUUUAUUUUGUGUAUUCGGAUUUGUGCUGAUUGUUAUGAUUAAUAAUGAGAAGAUAAAUGCUGCGAGUUUCUCACGAAUAUAUUAUAUAAUAGUAAUUAUCAUUAUUUUAUUCGCGCAAAUGUUUUUCUAUUGUUAUGGUGCAGAGCUAAUAACAGAACAAUCUGAAGCAGUAUAUCAUUCUGUAUACGACCUUGAAUGGUACAAUUGGGAAUCUAAACAAGCGAGAAAUCUUAUUUUAUUAAUGAUUCGAAUUCAGAAACCCUUUCGUAUCACUGCAGGAAAGAUUGUUCCACUAACAAUGACCACUUUUUGCAAUCUAUUAAAAACAUCGGCUAGUUAUAUGUCGGUUUUAUUGGCAAUACAAAAUUAAA